AUGCUUUUGUUGCUCUUUUUCCACGCGUUAGGGCUUGUGGCCGCCUUUGCAUGUCACACAGACGAAGACUGUAGUUUGACAGGCGUCUGUUCCCAAACCCACCAAUGCAUGUGUGACCCUGGCUGGCGCGCUGCCGACUGCAGCGAGCUAGAUCUGCAACCUGUCGACCGAAACACUGGCUACAAUCAUACCAACAUCACCCUGCCGGACUUCUACCGCGACGGCGCAGGCAAUUCCUCAUGGGGCGGACACAUCAUCCACGACCGACAUGACCCCACGCUCUUCCAUCUGAUCAUCUCCCAGAUAGACCGAGGCUGUGGACUCUCAGGCUGGCGCCCAUUCAGCACCAUCAUCCGCGCAGAGUCGCGUACCGGCCCACGAGGACCAUACACCUUCGCCCAGGAGCUCUUCGGCACAUUCCACCACAACCCAACCGUAACCUGGAGCCCAGCGGACAAACUAUACCUGAUGCACUUCAUCGGACUGGACUGGGAGCCCCCGACAACCUGCCGCUCGAUCAAACGCAACAACACGAUUUCAGUCUCGACCUCACCGGACCUCCACGUCUGGAGCGAACCCAUCGAACUCUUGGUCAACGUCACCAAUCCCGCCGCCUGGCCGCUCUGGUCCCCACACCACCACACAAGAGAGAUUCUCCUCGCCACGGAAAAGAACAACAUCUACACCGCCACCAGCUACAAGGGUCCGUAUUCCCUGCGUGUCGAGCCGGGGUUCACUGAUAUCGACACCUCCCUGCGUAGCGAGGACCCCUUCCUCUGGCGUGACAAGCGCGGACACUGGCAUUUCCUCGUGCAUCAUAUGGUGGAUAUUGCUUUAGGGCAAAAGGGGCCGCGGGUGGGUGCGCAUGUGUUUGCAAGGGACUGGCGCGGUCCGUGGCAUUAUAAUAACAUCACGCUGGCGUAUAAUACCACGGUGCAGUUUACCGAUGGGAGCAGGGUGGAUUACUAUCGGAGGGAACGGCCGAAGCUGUUCUUUAGUGAGGAUGGGGAGAUGACACCGUUGUAUUUGGUAAACGGGGUGCAGGAGUUUGGAAGCAAGGCGAGUUAUACAUUGAUUCAGCCGAUUGGGAGGAAGUGGAGGGAGUAUGAGAUGCAGUACGGUCAUGUUAAAGCAAAUGCAUAA